UACGCAACGACUCAUUCGUUCGUUUGUCCGUUUAAAAACAGGUUAAUUUUUUUUACUGUGAGUAGCUUUAUUUAUCUUAAAAUGGAUGACAUUGGAAGUUUAGAAAUAAGGUGGAUACAAGGCUUUACAAACAAGAAUAUCGAGUUCGUCGACGAUAAAACAGUAUGCUACACAUGUGGGAGUCACAUCUGUUUCUUGAACCUGGAGACAAAAAUGCAAAGUGUACUUCAAAGUCCUGGCAGAGGCAUUGGUGCCUUAACAGCAAAUGGCAACAGUGGGAUUUUUGCUUUCUCUGAGCAAAAGCUCUCCCCGUCUAUAUUUGUGUACUCUUUCCCCGAGCUUCAGUUGAAAAACGAGCUAAAAGGAACUACACCACUGGACUACACAUCUCUAACAUUAAGUGAUGGUGGUCCUUAUUUAGGCUGCUGUUCCUCUCUUCCAGACCACACAAUAACUGUGUGGAACUGGGAAAAUGUUGAGCAACUUUGUACGCAAACACAAGCUGGGCGAGAUGUAAUUUCGUUGGUGUUCAACCCUCUGAAUUGGCUCCAGCUUUGUGCUUUGGGCACUUCAUCGCUCACUGUCUGGAAUAUUGAGAAGAGUGCCGGCUUUCACCUCCUAAAACCAAGUGUGAUAGAGCUUCCAGCAACUGAUGGUUCCUUUGUUGAGAGAUUGUGGCCUACCUCUCAUACUGUCAGCAAGCAAUUCACCUAUUUUGGUCCAGAGAUGCCUCCAUCAGCCAUCAUAGGACUCAGGGGAGACAAAGCAGAAAGCAUUGUGACUAACCUCUGCACCAAAGCCAGACUAACUCCUGCUGCCAUCUGCUGGACUGCCACAUCAGAGCUUUAUGUGGGCUGUAAGGAAGGCUUUCUGUUGCUUGUGGACCCAGAGAGGCUCUCUGUCUCAGUCCUCUUCAAUCCCACAACUGCUGAUGCCAUUCCUGAACUCAAGCAAAGCAACUUUCAAGCUUUAGCUCUUAACAGAAAUGGUUUGAUCGCUGUAGGAAAGGAGAAUGUGGUGCACUGCUUGCAAACAAAAGGGGCUCAGAUUAGCGUCACACAAACAUGGCAAUUAGAAGGACCUGUCACAACUGUCACGUACUCCCCUGAUUAUGAAACAUUACUUUUGUCUUCCAACAUGGGGCAGAUCUAUAUGUUGAAUCCAACCCGGUCAGAAAAGAUUGUGAAGAUCCUGGAUGUCCUCAGUGGCAACUUCAUGGCAGCAGCUUUGUUGCAAUCUGACAAGAACAUUAGUGUGUCAGUGAGGGAGUCUGGAGAACUGCAGCUAUGGUCCGCAGAUGGCUUUUGCCUCAGUUCCUUGUUGCUUCAAGCUGAGGUGACAAGUCUGGCCUGCUGUCCUAUUGCACAAUAUGCAGCUGUAGGAACAGCGUCAGGAAAUGUCCUGUUCAUUGACCUGAACAGGGAACAGCAGCCUCGUCUGGUACACCAGAUUCAUCUUUAUCACAGGCCUGUGGAUCACCUAGUUUUUGAUCAAGAAGGACACUAUCUUCUCACCGGUGCCUCAGAUUCACAUAUCUAUGUGCUUGAUGCAAAGCCAUCAAAGAGAUUUUCAGUCAUUGGAUACACAGUUGUUCCUGGGCCAGUUUUGUCCCUGUCCACUCAGUGCAUCAGGGACCUUGAGCAGGUGAAUGUUCUUGCACUGUGCACUGGACAAGAAAGCAAAAACCAUGAUGGUAGCCUGCUCAUCCUGCUCACUCUGCCUGCAAAGGACCUUGCAGGUCCAGAUUGUGUAGACAGACAUGGUUGUCUGUCUAAUCACAUCCUGAAAGUGUCCCAAUACGAAGUUCCUCAUCCACUUAAAUCCUGUGUUCUGGGAGUCGGUGAGGUCUUCGCUUAUUGCCACAGGAGGAAAACUCUUCAGCGAUUUCAGCUUCCCCAGGACACAGAUAGCGUCUCCAGUCAUCAGGUGGUCCAGCUGAAACCAGAGCAGGAAGUGAAGGGCCAUCCUCUGGGCCCUGCCUCACUUGUGCUUUCUCCUCACCAGUCAUGGCUGGCUUCUGUGGGCCAAGAUGGCCUCCUGCAUAUCCGAGAAACCGCCUCCAUUGAGCAGUACAUUGAGCUACAGUGUCAUUCCUACCGCCUUGGUGGAGUUCGGAGUGUUUCGUUUUCUGCAGACAGCCAGACACUCCUCACUGCUGGCUUUAAUGAUGGCUCUCUUGUGUGCAUUAAUCUCAGAAUUAAAAGUUUGGAUGCUGAUAAGGUGAACAACGCCACUCAGUAUAGCCAGUCCAUGGGUUAUUUCUUGAAGAGGAUAUUCAUUAAAGAGAACAAAGUCCUCAUUGACUUGCCUGAGUGGGGCCGAGAGUCUCCUGCUAGCACUGAAAAAACAGAGGAAAGUGAGGCUUUGCAGAUCAGUGGUAGAACAACGACUGUGGAUGUGACAGAGCAGGAUGAGAGUUAUAACAGCCUGCUGUCAGCUCCACGUUCACACUCCACCUGGCUGGAAAGUAGACAGGAGGCGGCUGUAGAAGAAGACAACCAGCAAUAUUCUGAGACAAAGAAAAACUUGAGGAAAAGAACGAAAGAGAUGCGUGAUAUUAUUCAGGAGAUGAUCCGUGAAAAUGAGAAAGCUCCAGAAAUCGAGCGUCUGGAACUACAGGAGUUCAACCUGGAUGUUGAGGAGCAGAAAAGACUGGAUGCCAUGGCGGAGCAGGAAGUUAGCAGGGUGAGAAAUGAAAUCGAGUUGGAAAUUCUAGAGAAAUGUUACCUCCGUGAUGUCCUGAAGCGAGAAUGCUGGGAUUCAAUGAAGGUCAAAGGCAGAGCUAUUAAGGCCUUUCACUCUGAACAUGAGGUGAAGAACUACCUGUUGAAAGAGAGAUCUGAAAAAGAGUUGGAGGAUCUGCAUAGGGUUGAGAUAAUGAGGACGAUGGAAAAGGCUGCCUGCACUCUACAGCAGAUCAGCCCAGAGAAAAAUUCCAACACGACCAGCGUGAAAGAGCAAGAGCCGGGGGAGGAAGGCCAUGAGUCAGAGAGUGUUGCUGUAACAGGCAGUUACUCUGCUCAGUUAGGAUGUUCAAAUCCCUACCUCUAUGAUCAGUUCAGCCUGCAAACCACAGAACAGAAGAUCAACCAGAUAAUUCUGCUCCAGGACAUGAUUUAUCGAGUCAAGACAGCUUUCAACACUGAGUUCGACACCGUGCACAGGCAAAAGGUGCAGGAGCUCAGCCGUAUUAGAGACAGGAACAGGCAAAUCAGGGAGAUCAUAGCAGAGCUGGAAAUGAACGAGAAGCUUUGGGAGCCCAGCCUGGACGUCAGCGAGUGGCCAGAGAGGCUGUUCACUGUGGAUGACUCUGAGAUAAAAGCAGAAAAGUACCUCACUCCAGAACAGAAAAAGAAGGAGGAGAUGAAGAAGUUGGAAGAGCAAAGACGUUUGGCUGCCAAGGGUGAUAAUUCCAGAGAAAGGGCUCUUGAUGACAUGAUGGAUGGAGUACUUGAAGUGAAAAAAGAGGGUUUCUUAAAAAUGGAAAUACCUCCGCCUGAGUUUGUUUUGACCAAACCUGACAUUCAUUGGAGUGAAGAGGAGAAAAAAGUCCACAAAGAGUAUGAAAAGAAAAGCAAAGAGCUGAGUACGGAGAAGGAGAAAUACAAAAAGUCACUGGAAACUGAAAUGAAAAAGCUCCACGCAUCUUCUAAGGAAGCUACUGAAAGGUUUGAUGAAACUUUGAAAAAGUUGUUUGAGAAGAAAAUUAAGUGUGAAAUGACUAUAUAUCAGGAAGAGCUCAAGAUUACUUAUCUUGUUUAUUCAGUCCAUAUGGAUGAGGUGAUGAGGAAUCGAGAGCUGGAGCUCAAGCUCAGACUUGAAAAAACAUUGGCAUUCAAGGAUGAAAUUGAGGAAGAGGUGAAGAAACAUGAAAAGGAAGUAGAAUUGUUUCACGAGACCUAUGACAGCGUUUUAGCUGAGGAUAAAGUUCUUGACAAAGAAUUCAGGAAGGAGUUCUUUGAUGUACCAAGACAUGUUGUUGAUCAUCUGUAUAGACUAUUCAAGCGUAGACCCAGGGUUCAAAAGAUGAGGACCCAGAUCGACAACAACCAAAACCCAUUUAAAGAGCAGAGUCUGUGUGGUUCUCUGGCACCCGAUGGGCUCGGAAAAAUGAUGAUGGCUAUGGAGGAGCUGGAUGCUCAAGAGAAUAUGCCAGAAGGGUUGAACCCGGUGAUCUGGGAGAGGUUUUGUCUUGUCCGCAGAACAAAAGUAGAGAGUGAGCAAAAGGUGAGAGUAAAAGCUUUGGCUCUUGCUGAGAUGCAGGCGUUCCUACAAAAGAGGAGAGACGAGGAUAAGGCUGCUCAACAGGAAAUCAGAAAUCUCACUGACGAACUUGAAAGUCUGCAUAAGGAAAAGCACCGUUUCCUGACCGACAUCAUGGUCCAGGUCCUACUCAAACAGGGCCAGGUGGAGGUUUCUACCACAGGCUUUACUCCUGAUUACAGUGACUCAGUACUUCUCCACAGGAGUGUGGUAGAAGACCUCAACAGCACCAUCAGGACACUUGGAGAGCAGAAGAUAGCCGCCAUGGUGGAGACCAAAGACUUACGGAAGGGCAUCAUCCAGCUGGAGUGGGAAAACAAGAUGAGGAGGAUGCAGAUAGAGGACCUUAAAAACAAAGCCCGAGACAUCCAGAUGUUACGACUCUCUGAGGACCAAAAGGAGUAUCUCAACAAGACAGACCUUGACAGUCGAGUGUCGAAGCAAGUUUCCACUUUGAAGAAAACUAUUGCGUUCCAGGAGAAGACUCAUCUAAAGGACGUGGAGAUACGCAAAAAUAAGAUUAAACAGCUUAGCAGAAAGGCAGCAAUGAAAGCAGAGAAGAAUGCAGUUUUAGACCAGCAGAUACAUGAUAUGCAGGUGACAGUGGCAGAGAUGAGACACCUCUAUCAAGCAGCAGCUUCAGAGGAAAGUCAGGUCGCUAAAACAGAGGAGCGCUACCAGGAAAUUCUUCACAGGAGGAAGCUGAAGGACAUUGCCAGAGCACAAGCAGAGGAACUGGCCUUCCUCUCGGCAGAAGUCGAGCGUCUGAGGAUGAAGAACUUUCCAUCACUCGAUCAGCUGAAACACAACUGAACAAAGCCUCCUCUACAACAAACAACAGGGUUUUAUUUAAACUUCUCUGAACAAGUAAAUUCAACAUGAAACCACAACUUAAGCUGUCAAAUAAACGACAUAGCAGCAACAAAUAAAACAAUAUACAUAUCAAUAUAUUUUAAA